ACUGCCCUCCGCGGGGGAGGAGCCGUGACCUCACCGCGAAGCCCGCGACCCUCACGCGCGGCCCCGGGGAGAGGAGUCGAGCUGAGCGCGGACACUCACACGGACACGGACACUCACCACCAUCACCACCACCAUCACCACCAUGUCCCGGCGACUCGUGGAGAUUUUCUACGACGUCGUCUCGCCAUACUCGUGGCUGGGCUUCGAGAUUCUGUGCAGGUACAGGAGUGUGUGGAACAUCGAUGUCCGCCUACGGCCAGCCUUCCUGGGCGGCGUCAUGGCAGCAUCGGGAAACAAGCCACCGGGUUUGGUGCCAAACAAGGCGCGGUACAUGGCCAAGGACCUGGAACGUCUCAGGGACUACUUCCAACUGCCCAUUGCCUUACCCAGGAAUCCUGCUGAAGCCAUGUUCCAGAAAGGCUCGCUGGCAGCCCAGCGGUUUCUCACGGCUGUGGACAUGGAGUGCCCUGCUCAACUGGAGGAGGCAUCCCGGCAGCUGUGGAUGCGCAUUUGGUCACGGGAUGAAGACAUCACCUUACCUGAGAGUAUUGCAGCUGCUGCCGCACGGGCUGGGCUACAGGAAGAGCUCAUCCAGAAGCUGCUCGCCAUGGCGACGUCACAGCCGGUGAAGGACCGGCUGAAGAGCACAACCGAAGAUCUCAUGCAGCACGCGGCAUUUGGGAUGCCCGCCAUCGUGGCUCACGUGAACGGGAAGCAGCACCUCUACUUUGGCUCUGACCGCUUCGAACUGCUCGCGCACCUGCUGGGAGAGAAAUGGUACGGACCUCUUCCUUCCCAAGCCAAGUUGUGAAGUCAGAUCUAAUCUUUUGACAGCAGCCGAAAGGUUUAAGUAUCAGGCCUGUCAUCUCACACGUGUGAACCACUAAGCUAAAUGGCCACCAUUGUCCAUUAAAUCAAUUUAAUUACUGUUUGGGAUUUUCAGAUGCCUUUAAUAUUUUAUAUGAUGUGAAUGAAUGCUGUGAUGUUUGUCUAAUAAAGCUUGAAUGAGUAUCAUUA